CGCGCAACGCCUCCCCCCUGUCUGUGUGUCUCGACUAGCUUCCCGAGCUGCACUGCUCUGUUUCGCUGACUGCUGCAGCUGACGAGCCGAGCUGAGCUCAGCCUGCUCCCACGACGUACACGCAGGCUCACCACACCACACCACACCACAGGCCAGCCAUGGUGGCGAUCACGGCGCCGAGCUCGAUCGAGCAGAUCCCGCUGAUGCGGUGCCCCAGGGCCAAUGCGGUGCAGCAGGCGGGCGCGGCCGUCCCGUGCGUGGACCUGUCGGCGCCGGGCGCGGGCGCGGCGGUGGCCGACGCGUGCCGCAGCGUGGGCUUCUUCAGGGCGACGAACCACGGCGUGCCGGCGCGCGUGGCCGACGCGCUGGAGGCCCGCGCGAUGGCCUUCUUCGCGCUGCCCGCGCAGGAGAAGCUGGACAUGUCCGGCGCCGCCCGGCCCCUGGGGUACGGCAGCAAGAGCAUCGGCGCCAACGGCGACGUCGGGUGGCUGGAGUACCUCCUCCUGUCCGUCAGCGCCAACACCGUGAAGAUCUCGUCGCUGCCGCCCUCGCUCCGGGCGGCAUUGGAGGAGUACACGGCGGCGUUGAGGGAGGUGUGCGGGCGGGUGCUGGAGCUGAUAGCGGAGGGGCUGGGCGUGGAGCGGUCCCUGCUGCGCGCGAUGGUGGUGGGGCGGGAAGGCAGCGACGAGGUGGUGCGGGUGAACCACUACCCGCCCUGCCCGCUGCUGCCGCCGGUGGACUGCGGCGUGACGGGGUUCGGGGAGCACACGGACCCGCAGAUCAUCUCCGUGCUCUGGUCCAACCGCACUGCGGGCCUGCAGAUCAAGCUCCGGGACGGCAGGUGGGUCCCCGUGCCCCCCACACCGGAAUCCCUCUUCGUCAACGUCGGAGACUCGCUGCAGGUUCUGACGAACGGGCGGUUAAGGAGCGUGAAGCACCGGGUGGUGGCGCCGGCGCCGGCGCCGGAUGGCGCGCGGUCCCGGCUGUCCGUGAUCUACUUCGGCGGGCCGGCGCCGUCGCAGCGGAUCGCGCCGCUGCCGCAGGUGAUGCGGGACGGGGAGCAGAGCCUGUACCGGGAGUUCACGUGGGCCGAGUACAAGCGCGCCAUGUACAAGACCCGCCUCGCCGACCACCGCCUCGGGCCCUUCGAGCUGCGCGCCAGCACCAACGGCGGCAACAGGCCCGGCGAGCCCGCGGCGGGCAGCGCGGACCCGGCGCACUGCAGCGGCGGCAGCGCCUGCGGCAUGCCGCAGCCGCAGCAGGUGGCGCGGGUGCACUAGACUACGCUGGCUUUGGCUUGGACAUGGUUAGCAGUGCCAAGGCUAGCUCGCCUCCUAGGCUGAGCUGCUGCUGCUCCCUGGUCCAUGCCCCAUGGAGCCGAAGUGCACCUGGCUCUCUAUCUCGCUCCUCCGAUCCGUCGCUUUUGUUUAACCCAUAUCGGGUAACUGAAAUGUAGCAGUAAUAUCCGGUGGGCUGGCCGGUCCACGACAGGAAGCCUGUGACCUGCCUGCUGCUUCUGGCUGCAGGCUCUCUGUGCGCCGCCAGAGACUGACCGCUGCCCUGCAGCAGCCUGCAUGCGUGUACUACAUGGCCGUCCUUGUAAAAACCUCCCUCCCUCCCUUCCCGUAGUAGUGCUAGCUGUUGACUUGUUCUAGUAAUGUUGUUUGUUUGUGC